CUAAAUUAAAGAGUUCAUCAUCUCAAUAUAUAUAUAUUCGGCGCACUAUAAAUGGUUUGAGCUUGUGCUAUCACAACGAACUCCCACUUAAUUUCUUUAUCAAACAACUUAUCGAGAGAGAGAGAACUCAAGAAGAAGAAAGAUGAUGAUGAUGGUGAUGGAAAACGAGUUUCAAGAACGUAGCAACCUCAACAUCAACGACAUUGAUCUCUCUCUCCUCCGCCUCUCCUCCCCACCACCUUACGACUACUCUCGCUCCUCCUUCCUCUCCGCCGCUUCUCCUGAUGAUAUCAUCAGCCCCUUGAAACGCUCCUCCCCUGUUUCCGACGAGUCAGAUCAGCCCAAACGCAGGAGAGUCUCCCUCCAAGACCCGAUCUUUAUCGCGUCUCCUCUCAGCUCCACUUACCCGGAAACCCAACCUUCCUCCAUCGACGACCCACCUGUUCCGGAGAAGCAAGAAACGUCGCCGUAUGAUUCCAAGAGUCUUGAAACAGAGAGGAUGAAGAUGGUUAACAAUCACGUGGAGGAGAUCACUCACGAAGAGACUAACUAUGAUACUUAUGAAGAGAUCUACCGAGAAGAGACUAACUAUGAUGCUUAUGAGAAGCAGCAAGAAGAGGAGGAAAAAGAAGAAGAGUGUGGAGAAGGGAUGAGGAUAGAGAGAUCUGGAGAUGGGUUUGUAAUUAGAUUGAAGUGUAGAUGCAAGCUGGCUUACAGGGUUCUCUUCUCUGAUCAUCACCUCUACUUCAAGUCCCUCUAAAGCUUUCACUUGUGUCUGAUUUAGUUACUAGUAUCUGCCUACUCUAUCAUUUGUUGUAACGCUUUUUUUUCUUAUUUGUUUGGACUAUAAAAACAUAGUUUACAAAGUUGUACAGUGAGAUGCUUACAGCAAAAACUCUGUUUUUGUGUUGUAUUGAAGGUUGGAAUACAAAAGGUUACAACUUUUUGUAGGAGAGCAAAAACUCUGUUUUGUUUUGUAUCAAAAAAGAGAAUAAUACUACAAAAGGUUACAACUU